AUGGGCCAGGAAUGCUCUACAGACAGCUGUGCCGUCCGCCGAAGUCAGGCCGGCCCAUGCAACUUGGCGAAUCAGGCGCAGCCAGGUGCGGCAGCCGCACCUGCCCAGAAGAUAGAUGGCUACGGCCUUGCGCAGCCCAGACCCAGCACUGUUCUGCUCAGUCACACGUACUUCGAGCAGGACCUCGAUGAGCUCCGUGCCCUCCCAGCAGGAUCGGCGCGGCAUGUUCAAGAACGACCUCUGUUCCGAUUCCGCAGCGGCAGCAGCUACACCGGGCAGUGGCUUGGAAAUGAGAGGCAUGGCCUCGGUGUGCAGCAGUGGUUCGACGGAGCGGUCUACCAGGGAACCUGGGAGCACAACUGCGCACACGGCCAGGGCCGCUUCGUUCACACCGACGGAGACGUCUACUGUGGCGAGUGGCAGAUGAAUGUUGCUCACGGACUGGGGACGUACACUCACCGUUUGAGUGGCAGCAAGGUCACUUACAGAGGGGAGUGGCUUGAAGAUCUCCAGAGCGGAUACGGCGUCGAAAGCUGGGACGAAGGUUGUCGAUUCGAGGGCGAGUUCAAGGCCGGUCAGAAGAACGGUCAAGGCAUCUACUACUGGUCCGAUGGCUCGCGGUACGAAGGCGCAUGGCGUCGAAAUGCGAUUCACGGACCAGGCUACUAUGUUGGAGCCGACCAGAGAGAGUUCCAUGGACUUUGGCAGAAUUCGGCCAUCCAUGGUUGCGGUGCCUACAGCUGGCCAGAUGGGCGGAAGUACGAGGGGGAGUACGAGUGCGACCGGAAGUCCGGCUUCGGAAUCUUCUCUUGGCCUGACAACCGGAGGUAUGAAGGCUUCUGGGUGGACGGCAAACAGCACGGCGAAGGAAGAUACUACCACACGGACGGCUAUUCGCUCCUGGCGCUUUGGGAACAUGGUCGCCGUGUGGAGUGGCUGGAAGAUACUCCCAUGCCGCCCGAAAUCCUGCCAAAGUCGCAGACGGAGGAGCAUGGCAGCCAGCAGUGA